CUCGCUUGAAAAGGACAGCAGUAACGAGGGCAAUAUCACAAGACACCUGAUGACACUUCGGAGCUCAAUUUGGUCUGGUUCGGUACUGAAAGCGCAAGAAUCAUUUGAUUCUAUGAACGUGGCAGAUGAGUCCCAGUGGGACGAAGCCGUUUGUACCUUGUCAGGUUGUCAGCAUCCACAGUGCUGGGCAUCUCUCCGACGGAUUGAGAGGGGCCAUCCUAGGAUCCUGGACCCAUCCCCCAAAUCUCCCAGAGAAACUGAAGAUAAACUCCCGACACUCACAAUUGUAAACAUCUCGGACACCUGCUUGUGGACCCAGAAGAGGGUGGCUCAGCAACAAGCAUCAGAAUUUACUUUCCCCAAAGAUCGUCCCUCAUCGUCGAAACCAGCCUCCAAACGUCAGAGCAGGUCUCCGAAGGCUUUACGUGACAAAGAUGUGACUAGCCGUUCUCCUAGGCCUCUCAAACUCUCAGUGUUGAAUUUGAAUGAAGCAAAACUUCCUCUCUCUGAAGAUGUCAGAAACAUGGUUGUGACCUGGGUUCCAGAAGACACAGAGAAGGACAUGAGCCCAGUUCAAAAGACUGAUGUUUCCAGAUGGCCUGGGAAGAAAAGGAGAAAGAAACUGCGAAAGAAAAGCAAGCCAUCUCUGUAUUACCCUGGAAGGCAGUACUCGAGAAGUCCAGCGGCGAUUGUACCUCCCCCCUCCCCAGAACACCACUUGGAGCAAAUAAGUUCUGAAGCCAUACCACUAUGGGCUCAAGCUGGCAUGCUUCCCCAGGACCUGCUGGAGGAGUGCAUCUUGGCACAUGAGAAAUCCAUAAUUGGCCCUGAGGUGAAGAUAGAGUUGUCCAAGAUGAGAAAGAGUCUUCCCCUGGAAAGGAGGCGACCCGAAAGUGCUAUCUCAUCUAAGAUGUAUCUGACUAUCCAACGCCUCACCCUGCAAAGACCAGCACUGAGGUAUCCUGCUCGUCUGAGGAAGCUUCGACCCAACCUGAAGGGAGAUUCCUUGAUGCAGCAGGAGAAGGUGAAAACCUUUACUGAGAAACAGGAGGCUAAGAAGAAAGCCAAGAGAAAAGUCAAGGGCCAGUAUGGGGAAGAAACCACGUCGGGCCAUUUCUUCCAUGACAGUGUAGGACUCAGAAUAUCAGGACAGGAAGAUCAACAAAAGCAGUGGGAAGAAGAGGAUAUAGAGAAAACAUCUGCAGAGACACAUGUGUCCUUAGAAGAGGUGUAUGAGUUUGACAAGUACUACACAGAAUACUACGCCAGUCCAGAGAGUGCUGUACUAUAUGAAACAGUUUACCAGAACCUUUAUGAUGAUGCGGAGACUAUGGUGGGAGUCAAGGCUUCCAGAAAAGACAGAAACCUCAAUAACCUUUCUGCAAUGAUGGACGGCAUUGGCUGGAACCCUGAGCUCAAAUUGCUGAGGAUUCUUCAGGCCACUGAGGAGGAAGAUGAGGAAAGCCAUAAUUCUAGGGCACAGAGUGAGACGUCUCUAGAAGCUUAGCUCAAGUCAUCACUUUGGGCAGCUUUAGCCAGACAGUUCUUGGUAUUCUGAGGACAACAACCUCAGACACAGGGAAGAAAAGAGAGAAUGUUGUUCUCUGGAUCCUCCAGCAGGGCCAGGCCCUAGACACCCUGUAUUCUUCACUUACUCUUUACCUCCAAAAUGAGUGAGAAAAAGCCCUAAUCCUAUGGAAUAUAGGCAGCUUUUCCAU